GAGCGCCACGCACGAAACAGCUGAAUGAAUGAAUACACCAUAACGAACCUUGUUUUUAUUUUGAUAGCCCCCGGAUGUGGCUCCUGUAAACUGAACAGAAGCCAGGCUCACAACAGGACAGCACGGAGCUCAGCUGUCAGAUGUGAAACGGUGCUCUUCUGGAUCCUUGAAGACGACUUCGGUGUUAUGGCUGGAGCAAUAAGGAUGACCGAGGGGCAAAUGAUCAACAUCUAUGACAGUGAUCCUUUUAAUUUUAUGACCCCAUAUGAAUACAUUCCUCCAGUGGACAUUAAGACUGAGCCCUACAUACCUGAGACUGCUCAUGGUCCUUACAUCCAAAUAAUUGAAGAACCAAAACAGAGAGGCUUUCGUUUCCGUUAUGAGUGUGAAGGCCCCUCCCACGGUGGGCUCCCUGGGGCCUCGAGUGAAAAGAACAGAAGGACCUACCCAACAGUCAAGAUUAGUAAUUAUGUGGGUCACGCUCGUGUGGAGGUACAGCUGGUCACACACACAGACCCCCCUCGUGUCCACGCACACAGCCUAGUGGGACGCCACUGUAACGAGAGUGGCACGUGCACUUUGGACAUCGGGCCCAAUGACCUCACUGCUGCGUUCAGUAAUCUGGGCAUUCUCCAUGUGACCAAGAAGGGUGUGGUGGACAUCCUGUGCCGACGGCUGAAGGAGGAGAAGAGAAGGCAGAAAGGAGGAGCACUCUACCAGCUCUCUGAUGCAGAGGAGACGUCCUGUCUGAAAGAGGCAAAGGAGCUUGGUCGCACCAUGGAUCUGAACAUUGUGAGGUUAAAAUUCACAGCUUACCUCCAGGACAGCAAUGGAGGCUUCACCCGAGCGCUCAAACCAGUGGUGUCCAACCCUAUUUACGACAGCAAAUCACCAAAUGCCUCUAAUCUGAAGAUCACUCGUAUGGAUAAGACAUGUGGGUCUGUGCUCGGAGGAGAUGAGAUCUUCCUUCUCUGUGACAAAGUCCAGAAAGAUGAUAUAGAAAUACGUUUUUAUGAAGACGAUGAAGGCGGGUGGGAAGCUUUUGGAGACUUUUCACCCACAGAUGUCCACAAGCAGUACGCCAUUGUAUUCAAAACGCCGCCCUAUCACAGUGCUGAGAUUGAGCGGCCAGUCACUGUGUUUCUGCAGCUGAAACGAAAGAAGGCUGGAGACAGGAGUGACCCCAAGCACUUUACAUACAUUCCCCAGGUCCAAGACAAAGAGGAGGUGCUCAGAAAGAAGCAAAAGCCCCUGCCGCACUAUGAGAACUGGAGAGGACGAGGAGGUGGAGCUGAAGGAUUUGGGGGUGGGGCCUCGGGAGCUGGUGGAGGAGGAGGUUUUCAGUUCUGUCAGCACAUGAAUGGAGGAGGGAGCUUCCCUAUGGGAGGUUUCACUGGGUUUUCUGGAGGUACACAAAUGUCCACCUAUACUGCUUCAGAUCCACAGCAGAGUGAAGAAAACACAAGGCAAACUUCAGGACAAACUAAUUCACUACUGCAACAGCGGCUUUUUCAGUUAGCGAUGAGCCUUCAGAGCAAAGCAUCCCAAAGCGUGAGGCAGACGGCGGGGGCUCUGCUCCAGUACUGCAGCAGUGGAGAUGUGCGCGUGCUCCUGUCCAUCCAGAGGCACCUGUGCGGCGUCCAGGAUUCAAACGGAGACACACCUCUGCACCUUGCUGUGAUUCACCAGCAGAGCGGAGUGGUCCAACAGCUGGUUCAUACUCUGAUCAAUGGACAACAGCACAACCUCCUCAACACAGCCAACCAUCUAAGACAGACGCCACUGCACCUGGCGGUGAGUUCACGGCAGAAGGUGGUGGAGCUGCUGCUAAGGGCAGGAGCAGACCCAAGCCUUGUGGACAGAGACGGGCGGAGCACUGUGCACCUGGCGGCUCUAAGUGGGGACACCUCUGUGCUGCGCACGGUGCUGGCACAUCUCACAGAGGAGCACACUCACCUGGUCAACACCCCCGACUAUCACGGACUGCAGCCAUUGCAUCUGGCUGUCAGGAGAGAUGGGGAGCGCUGUCUUCGCCUGCUGGUGGAGAGUGGUGCUAAGAUCAAUGCCCCAGAACAGAAGAGUGGCUGCACUGCUCUGCACCUGGCUGUUACCGCAAACCUGUUUAAGGUCGCUUGCACCCUGAUCACAGAGUUAAAAGCAGAUGUCAACAGCUGCACGUUUGGAGGGAACACUCCACUGCAUUUUGCUGCCAGCCAAGGUUCUCCAACUCUUUGCUCCAUGCUCAUCGCUGCAGGAGCUGAUAAACAGCUGGAAAACGACGAGCCUCUCUACUUCAGUUCCUCUGAUGAAGAACUGGAUGAAGACCAAGAACAAAUUGAAUCAGUCUCACAACCAACAGGCUCCCGUAAAAGACGUGCAGGACACACCCCACUGGACCUGGCAACGUGCCAAAAGGUGAGAAACUUGUUAACACCAAAACCUGAUAAAUCAUCAAGUCGUCACAACGCCAAAAAGACAAAACAGAGCAGCUCUGAAGUGGUCUCCGGGAUGGACAGCGACACUCUGACACGUCUGAUGGAAGUGCUCAAUGUUCAGGAGAUUCCCUGGAAGAAACUGGCUGAAAAGCUUGGAAUGAUGACCCUAACUCAUUUGUAUGAGGACAGCCCCACACCCUGCCACCAGCUGUUACAGCACUACCAGCUGGGUGGUGGUCCAGUGGAAGGGCUUGUGGAGGCGUUUCGGUCUCUGGGCGUGAAAGAGGGAGUGAGGCUGCUGAGAGAGAGUCAGUCCUGGGAAGACAAGCACAGCACAGACACUACAGUGGACAGUGGGUUCGGUAGCCAAGCAAUGGAAGAUGAGGAACAACCUGUGACUUCAUUAUGAACUGGAAAGCAGAAAUCAACUUAACAGCAGCUUUGUCAUCAACACAUGAGAGGACUUGAGACUACAACAAGAGGAAGUGAUCAGUCAGUGGAAGUCUGACAUCUUGUUUACUUCUUCAGAACCAUGUCAGAAAACAGUCUCAUCAGUUUUAAGGGCAGUGAGAGAAUCCAUAUAAACUGUCAGAACUCAAAGACGAGAAAAGGAGGAUGUUAAAGAUAGUUGUGCCUUUCACCAAUCUUACAAUCUUUAUCUUUAGAGGGCCCGUAUUAUGCUUUUCUGAUCUAUGCUAUGUUUUUUCAUGAUCAAAAACAUACCUGGAAUUGUGUUUCGUUUCAUUCACACAUUUAACACAAAACCCAGCAUAUUUAGGCUGAGUUCUUAUAGCAGCCAAAAGACUCAGUUCCACCUUGUGAUGGCAUGUGGUAAUACAGGAAGUGUUCCAAUGUUUUAAACUCCAUACACCUUCACUAGAAUAAUUUGGAUGAUUUUAGCCCUGGAAUUGCUCUGGAAUCUCUACUGAACUAAAGAGAGCAUUUUGAGCUUUGAAUAUGUAGACAGACAAAUAAUAAAGGACUACUCAAAUAUGUGUGAAUGAAAAAAACACAACUCCAGGUAUGUUUUUGAUGAGGUAACAACAUUCUCGGCACGGCUUAAAGCUCACAAGAGUCAACUUUGCAUAAUAUAGGACCUUUAAAGUCAUAGGUUACAUAAGAACAUUUGAUAAAUAUAUGCAAUAGAUGGAACAAUCUACAUAUUCAUUUGUUAACUUGUAUUUUAGAUUGUGUCCGCACACUUAAUUUAUUGUGGCUAUAAAAUAAUGCUGAUACUUUUUAAGCUUGCCAUUAUUUAUUUUUGGUUUGACCUUAAAUGACACAUCACCAUCUCAAUUUUAAACUGUGGAAUCUUAAGAAUUUUAAGACACUGCAUCAGUGACAGGGCUGUCGUCUUUGUAACUGGUUGUGCCAUAGCCUGCCAAGUGCUUUCUGGGCGAGUUUGCGUUCAUAAACAACCUUAGUCAAUCUACAAAGUGGCCCCUCCCCUCGUCAAAACGAAUGAAUAAAGUGUAACAGAUACACGGCAACAACAUCCAGUUUUUCUGAAAUGAGAAUAAAGUGUCCAGAAAGAAUCAUAUUCCUAAUAUGAAUUGAGUUGCUUCUAGUUGAUUAGAGUAUAUUUCUUUUAAACUACUUUAUGAUUCAUAUUGUUUAUACUGAAAAUAAACAAGUAUUUCAAA